AUGUCGUCGGAUAUCUGCGGUGUUAGCGUGCAGGCCUUGUAUCUCGAGGACCCUGGCAACAAAGAGGAGCCCGUAGGGUUCAGUCUGUGUGAAGACCUGGGCAGCACGUGCAAGAAGAACGGCUGCAGCUGUCGCCGGGCUUCGGAAGGGACAGUCAAGAACGAGACCAAGUACUUUGGCACUUGCGUCGUGCUUCAGAGUGGCGCAGAUUGCGUCACAAGUGGGGACGACUACGUCACGUGUGCUGUCGAGUCUAGCAUCGAUUCAGCUGCCGCCUCUCCUGCUACAGCCGAAGCACAGGACGAGUCGCGCGGUGCACAGAGUAGAACCCCGUCAUCAGAAGCGAUGACGACCAAGGAGAUAGCAGAGAGCAAUGGCGACUUGUCUCCCGUGGCAACUACUGGUACCAGUGGCUCCAGUGCUGCUCCUGAUGCCGCUGGGGCAGCAGAAGCAUCGACUGCUUCGUCAUCGAACGACUCGAUGAAUUCCACGGUCCUCGUGCUCAUUAUCGUCGUUGCCGUGAUCUUUGUCGCUUUGGUGUCGUAUAUUAUCCGCUCGUACUGCGUGCGGCGGGCCAAAGCUGAGCGGAAACUUGCUACUCGACGUAACCGAAGCAUGCGCAGUCUGAACUUUGACGCCACGUCACCGUCCAAUGCAACAGGGCGGUCGUCUGCAACGCCGUCGUUCCCGGCUUACGAUAAAUGCUCACGGGCGAAUCCGUCACCAACGGCAUAUGAACGGGCUCAAGAAGUCAAGUCGGGACGGGGUCGGGAGCCGAUGCCCGAUCGUGGUCAUGAACUGAUAUCAGGACGUGGUCGGAAAACUCCUGACACGGCGUUUGUGCUGAAUGGAGCGCCACCUAUGAAUCGCGAACCGAAGUCUGGACGGGGGCUGCAAUACCUGGAUAUGGAGGAAUCGUUUGCAUCGAAGCCAGCGCGUGCAGGGAAUCGUGAACCAGGUUCAGCACCAGGACGGAAAAUACCUGGUUACGAGCCCGACCAUCGUGGCCAUCGAGAACCGAGAGGCCAGCAUGAACCGAGUUCUGGACGUGGAAGGCGAGAGAAUGCUGGAGUGUAUGGAGCUCAGCAGCCUGUGAAAGCACCACCGAAAAAUGCGGCACCUUCUGGUGGUACGGUGCUCGCUGGUCGGAACACGUACGAACGAGUGGUUCAGUUCGCGCAGCUUGCAGCCUUUGAGGCACCGCCUGCUCCGCCUCUGAGGCCUCACAAGCCGAUUCAGUCCGUACCUGUCACAAAUGCAGUUCCGAAACGUGCUAGGACAACAGCAUCAAACGCGAGACCAGCGGCUCCUUCCCCGCCAGGAUUUUACAUUGACGAGGCUCCAAUGACUACAGACUAUGAUAUCUUGUCUCCUAAAUCAGCGAGGUCAUUGGCGCCGUCCGUGGCGUCAUCGGCUACAACGAUAGUUGCUCCUGGCCGCAAUCGACCAACUCCACUUCAACAUGGGCGACGACCGCAGUAUGCGGCGGCUCCUGCUCCUUGCCAUUAUCUUCGCGAUGAAGCGCUAUACGGUGAUGAGAGCAGUUACAAUGAAAGCACAUACGACGAGAGCAGAUACGACGAAAGCGGAUUCAAUAGCAAAUUCAAGUCUUUGCGCAACUACGACGAGUCGUUCGUGAGCGAAGUGAGCUCCAUGGCGUGGUCAGGGGCUUCCGGUCUGAGUGACGAAAGCUUCUACCGUGCAGCACCCAGCAACAUGGCGCGGAUUCCACUGAUUGAAGCGCCUCGUGAUGACGAUGACGCCCAUAGUGAGGACGCGUAUAGUGACUGGGGCAAUUCAACACUGCGAUCAACUGAUGACAGUCGGAGCACUAGUGCAUCGGAUGCCUCCUUUUUCUCCGUGAACUCGGACUUCACGGAUUCAAUAAGCGUUUCUAAGGAACUCGAGUUCUAG